AUGAUGGAGCCUGAGGCCAGGAGGGGAGAAAGACCCACCUACAGAAAGCCAUAUCUACCUUACAUUGAUCAGAUACCCUUGUCCCCGGGUUUUAAAGUGCCAAACUUCACUUUAUUCAACGGAGAGGAUCCUUAUGCUUCAUCAGUCGAACACGUAGGCAGAUUUUCUAUCCAAUGCAUAGCCAUAGAGAAUAACCCACUGUUAAAGCUAAGACUUUUCGGGAAUUCUCUCUCUGGACAAGCUUUCACUUGGUACACUAAUCUGCCAGCAAAUUCCAUUCAGACUUGGGAACAAAUGGAGAGUGUCUUCCAUGACUACUAUUACAGGAUUCAGCCGGAAGUCACCAUCAGUGACCUUGCUGCCCUUAAACAGAGUGAAGAUGAACCUGCCCAAGACUUUAUAAACAGGUUCAGGAAGCUCAAAAUGAAGUGCCGAAUCCCCAUGGAAGAAAGACACUUCAUCCAAAUGGCCCAAGCUGCCCUCAAGAUUUCUCUGAGAAAAAGAUUUGAUGGGAUGCUGUUUGGAGAUCUGGCAGAACUGGCAGAUAAAGCGUCCAAGUACAAGGAAUUGCUCAGGGAAGAACAGCAGAAGAGAAACUCUUCCAAAGGCACGUAUUAUAAAUCCCCUUCUUCCUCAAUACAUAUGAUUGAAGUAGAGUCAGAAGAAGAUACAGAGGGAUCGGAGGAGGGAGAGGUUGCAGUUGCGGAAAUGGCAAAAUUAAAACAUCCCAUCAGUUGUAAGACUCUUACAAAGCCUCCAAGGGAUCAGAAGCCGCUACCAUUCACAUGA